AUGGUAUCAGCAGUCUCCAAGAGCAUUAAGUUCUCCCCUCAAAGCGAAAAGCUUCUGACAGUGGCUGCGGGGUGCUUCUGGGGCACCGAGCACAUUUACAGAAAGUACUUUGGAAACAGGAUCAAAGAUUAUAAGGUCGGUUAUGCUAACGGUGACGAGACUAAGAAAGACUCGAGUGACUCCGUGUCGUACAAACGUGUCUGUAGUGGAGAGACGCAGUUCGCUGAAGUCUUACAGAUAUCAUUUGACCCCAAGACAGUCUCUCUGAAAGAACUGGUGGACUUCUUCUUUCGCAUCCAUGACCCAACAACUGUGAACUCUCAAGGUCCAGAUGUCGGUACGCAAUAUCGCAGCGCAAUUCUCACACAUACGCAGGAAGAUUUGGAAGAGUGCCGCCGACUAAAAGAACAAUGGCAGCCAAAGUGGGGUAACAAGAUUGUAACAGAGGUCACUAUGUGCACCAACUUCUACGAUGCCGAGGAAUAUCACCAGUUGUAUCUAGACAAUAACCCUCAAGGCUAUGCUUGCCCAACCCAUUACGUGAGGGACUUGUAA